AUGGAGGAGCCGGCUAGCGACAGAAACGCAGACAAGGACGUCUACGUCAGCGCGAAAGCCUCAAAAUUCCAUUUUAAAACAUCAUCGGGGCGACGCUCGAAGUGCAAACCCCGCGAUUAUGAUGACGAAAUUCACGACGGAAAGCAUUCUAGCUCCAAGCGACAUCGUUCAGACGACGAUAGCGACACAAGGCGGCGCCAUCGACAUUCAAAGCGCAGGCACAAGCAUCGUGAUCACGACCACACAUCCACGCGAACCGGCGACUACGAUGACCCCGACCAUCGCUACCGUGAAUCUCUCUACGAUGGUCUCAGCAACGUAUCGCCAGACGUUGACUCUGACACCGUGUUCCGCGAGUCGAUUUUCGAUGCCAUGGCCGACGAUGAGGGCGCAGACUACUGGGAAGGCAUCUAUGGGCAGCCGAUACACAUAUAUCCCAAUACUAAGCCAGGCCCCGAUGGAACCCUGGAACGCAUGACAGAAGAAGAAUACGCUGAUUUUGUGCGGACGAAGAUGUGGGAAAAGAGCCACCAGCACAUUCUCGAAGAACGCGCGGCGCGUGAGAAGGCGCGUCAGAAACGGAAAGAGCGGAAUCGCGAGCUAGAGGAGGAGGCUGCCAAGGAUGAGGUAGAAAGGGAGAACAUCCGGCGGCAAAUGGAAGAAAGUCUCAAGCGUGGCGCGGAGCGGAAGAGGGCUAAAGAGGCGGACGCAUCAUGGGCGAAAUACCUUACGAAGUGGGACCACCUCAAGGCCAUGAAGAAGCCUGAGCUUAGUGAUCUGCGGACCAUGAUUCCUUGGCCAGUCGCGUCUGGCCGAGCCGGUCAAGUCGAAGGCAAGGCGAUCGAGCAGUUCCUGAGGUCCUCGCCCAGUUGGAGAGAAGAUGCACUGGCCUUGCUGAAGAUUGAGCGCGUUCGUUGGCAUCCUGACAAAAUGCAGCAGCGCUUCGGUCAGCACCUUGACAGCGAGACCAUGAAGCUUGUCACGGCUGUAUUUCAGGUCAUCGACCGAAUCUGGAACGAACGGAAUCUCCGCCGAACGUGA